GGAGAGCUCGCUGCGAUGGCGACGACGGCUCUGUGCUAGAAGGGGACGCAGUGAAGCUGGCCUCGGCUCGGAUAUGACUAAUGUUUGUUCGAUCGAGGUUUGUUUGCUGCUCACCAAUUGCAUGGGCUUCGGAUGAGUCGUGGGCUUCUUACUUCUCAUCACUCCGUUGACUUAUUUCCAUGUCUUACUUGUGAGAGUUUCCAAAUAGGGUCGUCAGGACUGCUCAUCGUCCAUUACUGAUUGUCUGUGACUGCUCCAGGCCAGAGUUCCUUGUUGGGUGACCCACACUCCUUCACAGGGACCAUGGAGGAGGAGGGGCAGCAUAGCUUGGAGUGUAUCCAGGCCAAUCAGAUCUUCCCCAAGAAGUCCCCCGUCCUGGAGGAGGAAAACAUGCAGGUACCCUUUCCUGAGCUGCACGGGGAGUUCACAGAGUAUGUGGGGAGAGCAGAGGACGCCAUCAUCGCAAUGUCCAACUACCGCCUACACAUCAAGUUCAAAGAGUCUGUUGUCAACGUCCCUCUUCAGCUUAUAGAGAGCGUGGAGUGUCGGGAUAUGUUCCAGCUCCAUGUUACGUGUAAGGACUGCAAAAUCGUCAGAUGUCAGUUCUCCACCUUUGAGCAGUGUCAGGAAUGGUCGAAACGCCUGAACGUGGUAAUUCGCCCUCCCUCUCGCCUGGAGGACCUCUUCUCCUUUGCCUUCCACGCCUGGUGCAUGGAUGUGUAUGCCGGUGAGAAGGAGCAGCAUGGCGAGCUGUGCAGACCAGGUACCCUGCUGUCUCUUACGUGUCCCCAAGUAACCCCAGCAGAACCCCCCCCCUGCUCCGCUCUGGACAUAUCAGACAUCUCUGCUCUCUCUGUAGGCGAACACGUGACCUCCUGGUUCAAGAACGAGGUAGAGAGGAUGGGCUUUGACACUCAAAACGCCUGGAGGAUAUCUGACAUCAACAGCAAGUUCAGACUUUGCCCCAGCUAUCCUCAGCAGCUCCUGGUGCCAGCCUGGAUCACUGACAAGGAGUUGGAAAAUGUGGCAGCUUUCCGCUCCUGGAAGAGGUUUCCUGCCGUGGUUUAUAGGCACCUGAGCACGGGGGCCGUGAUCGCCCGCUGCGGUCAGCCAGAGGUCAGCUGGUGGGGCUGGAGGAAUGCUGAUGAUGAGCACCUGGUCCAAUCCAUCGCCAAGGCCUGUGCCGUGGACGGCAGCUCCCACAAGCACCUCCCCAACGGCUCCUACACCAACGGCUCAGACCUGCCCGAUACUGACUUUGAAUCCUCCAUGAGCAACAGCUCAGAGGUGGAGACGUUGGUCAUCCAGCCCCACAAGUUACUCAUCCUGGAUGCCAGGUCCUAUGCUGCUGCCGUAGCGAACAGGGCCAAGGGGGGAGGCUGUGAAUGCCCAGAGUACUAUCCCAACUGUGAGGUGGUGUUUAUGGGCAUGGCCAACAUCCACUCCAUCCGCAAGAGUUUCCAGUCUCUGCGUUUCCUCUGCACUCAGAUGCCUGAUCCAGCCAACUGGCUUUCUGCACUGGAGAGCACCAAGUGGCUGCAGCACCUGUCCCUGCUGCUGAAGGCAGCACUGCUCGUGGUCAACGCCGUGGAUCGAGACCACCGGCCCGUCCUGGUGCACUGCUCCGACGGCUGGGACCGCACACCUCAGAUCGUUGCUUUGUCCAAACUGCUGCUGGACCCUUACUACCGCACUAUUGAGGGCUUCCAGGUUUUGGUGGAAACCGAGUGGCUGGACUUUGGCCACAAGUUUGCUGACCGCUGCGGCCAUGGAGAAAACUCUGAGGAUCUGAAUGAGCGCUGCCCUGUCUUCCUGCAGUGGCUGGACUGCGUUCACCAGCUGCAGAGGCAGUUUCCAUGUUCCUUUGAGUUCAAUGAGGCCUUUCUGGUGAAACUGGUGCAGCACACCUACUCCUGUUUGUUUGGCACCUUCCUGUGUAACAGUGGCAAGGAGAGGGAGGACCGCCACGUUCAGGAGAGGACCUGCUCAGUCUGGUCCCUGCUGAGACCGGCCAACCGCACACUGAGGAACAUGCUUUACUCCUCACACUCUGAGACCGUUCUCCACCCAGUGUGUCACGUGCGCAACCUGAUGCUGUGGACGGCAGUCUACCUUCCCAGCUCCUCCCCCACCACCCCCUCUGAUGACUCCUGCGCCCCCUACCCUGUGCCCGGUGCCAACCCGGAGGAUGCACCACUGGCCAGAUGUACGAAGACUCGCUCCUUUGACAACUUGCCCAGUGCAUGUGAGCUGGGAAGCUCCCUGCCUCCUAACCGCCGCUCCAGUGACCCGAGCCUCAAUGAGAAGUGGCAGGACCACCGGCGCUCUCUGGAGCUCAACAUGGCAGUGGGGCCCGAAGGAGGGGGGAACCAGGAUCAGGAAGUGCGGCCUUAUGGAGUGGGGCCUUACCCAGACGGAGUGGACUCUGAGCUGGACGACAGCCCGCAGCCCCAGGGCUCACACGCUGAGCUCGGACAGGGAGCCUCUGUCAGCCCAGCAGCAACAGGAGAGGAAGCAGAGGAGGCGGAGCUUUCUGUGGCAGUGGCCGAGGGCCAAAUGGAGAACAUUCUUCAGGAAGCCACAAAGGAGGAAGCGGGAGCAGAUCAGAGAGAGGGAAGUGCUGCUGACACUCAUGUCAUUAACACUGUUGACACAGAGGUCGAGAAUGAAGCAAAUAUUAAGGACAAUGGGAAUGAGGUGCAGAGAGAAGCGUUUACUAAUGGUCACCAUGCGGAAAAUGGUGUAAUGGAGGCUGAGGAGGAUGGUGAGCCUCCUCCUCUGUCCAAACAGAAGGCAGAGGAGCUGGAUCAACAGGCAGCUGAGGUGACUCAGACACCAGAGGGUCUGGUGAAACAGGAUGUUGAAAACUCUUCUGUACAAGAGGAGGUUGCACGUGGAGCUUGUGAAUCUGGCUUAGGCGAGCCACAUCAGCCUGCAGCCCAUAGAACUAUAACUAAUGGCUUUGUGGACAGGUCACCUGAAGAACCGCGUGUGGAUGAGGAGACCUGCCCUGACCGCGGUGUCUCUGAGCCGGUGGAGCAGGUGGAUAAGAGGGCCUCCCUGAUGGAAAGCUCAACAGAGACUUUAACUGAAGAGGCCUGCAACAGGUCGGAGCUCCCAGCACAGCCGCCUGUUUGUCUGAGCCAUCAGCCCGACAGUGAUGGCAGGAGCCUGCUGCCCUGCGCCAGGAAAGAGAAGGGGCUAGAGGCAGGGGAGCACGGCUUUAUCAGAACUUUAAACGGGGGAACCAAGCGACCCUCUGUCAGUGCCUUUCAGUCAGUGAGUGCUGACUUCAGCAGGGACGGGCUUUAUAAUGGCGACAGCUCUGAUGGGGAGCCCUGCGGUGGUCCUCACUGGACCAAAGGGAAUGGGGAGCGGGCCCCUCUGAGUCGACAGAUGUCCCUAGCAAGCUGUAACUCCCUGAUCCUCCAUCCACGCGGCAGUUGCUCACAGCACCGCUGGUGCCAUGCCCUGCUGGGCCGGGUCGCCAUCAGCCCAGAGCAGCCAUCACGGAGUCACCUGGACGAUGACGGGCUGACGCUGCACACUGACGCCAUCCAGCAGAGGCUGAGGCAGAUCGAAGCGGGGCACCAGAUGGAGGUGGAGACUCUGAAGAAGCAGGUGCAGGAGCUAUGGAGCCGCCUGGAGAAUCAGCAGCACACUGGCUCCCAUAGGAUCAAUGGAGACAUGGGAGAUGAAGUGACGUCAAUGACAGACUCAGAGUACAACCUGGACCCCAACUGUUUGUCACGCUGCAGCACAGAGCUCUUCUCCGAGGCCAGCUGGGAACAGGUGGACAAGCAGGACACUGAGGUCACUCGCUGGUACCCUGACCAUUUGGCAGCCCAGUGUUAUGGCUGUGAGAGCAGGUUCUGGCUCGCUACCAGGAAGCACCACUGCAGGAACUGCGGUAACGUGUUCUGCGCCAGCUGUUGCGACCAGAAGAUCCCAGUGCCAAGCCAGCAGCUGUUUGAGCCCAGUCGCGUCUGUAAGACCUGCUUCAGCAGCCUCCAGCUCAGCUCGGUUCCCCUGGACCUGGAGCUGGAGAAACCCAUCACAGCCAGCUCCAACUGAGGCUCAGAAGACUGGGACAGAAGGGGUGGGGUACAGGCUGAGCUGCCAGGGGCUGACACUGGUGCACUGCUGAGGAAGAGCACAGGAGCUACACAGAAUGUCCCAAGUACUUUAUGUGUGUGUGCAGCAGUUACGGAAUUAAAUGUGUAUAUACAGAGGAUGACGUGGCAGCGGAGCUGGAUGACAUGUUCGCAAGAUGCCGAGCAAUCUGAAAAGUUGGUGUGCACAGGGGUGUGAGUGAGUGAGUGAGUGAGUGAGUGAGAGAGAGAGAAUAGAAAUUGCACAUUCGCCACACAGAGGGUUUGUGGCAGUGAUGGGACUUCACUCCAAAGCCAGAGAAGUGAGAACGGACAUCCUGGUGCCUUGGACCAGGCAGGCAGAGAAGGUUGUCUCACUGUUGCUCUCUCCUUUGCUGAGGUCUCUCAGAGGGCUUUGUUCCACUGAAUCCACGUUCCCUGCUCAUCCAUGCUUCUCAUCAGACUUCAAGGUACCACCGUGGACUUAUUCUUUUUUCUGGAGGGUGUAAGGCCAGGAGCAAUGUGGAAAAUCUCAAGGCAAUAAUGACUCAGUCCUUCAGCAUCAGAAAUGUCUGGAUAGUAAUGCUCGCAAAUGUUUAGGGAGAAGCUUAAAGAGUCAGUUCACCCAAGUUACCAGAUAACAUUUCUUCACUUACCUCUUGUGGUAUCUAGCCACGCAUCUAAAUUUAAUUUUAUUUGAGAUCUCAUCUCUGAGAUUUCUGCUGUCUUUCCAGUACAAUGGAGGUGAAUUGAAUUAGGGCUGCAGCAAUUAAUCAGCAAAUCAUUUUAACAAUUAAUCAGUGCGUCACUUUUUCUGCAAAAUGUCAGAAAAGAAGUGUGUCUCAGAGCCCAAUGUUAUAUAUUUGAAUAGCUUGGUUGUCCUAUUGUCCAACCAACAUAUAACAUAUAUGUCACCACCAGUUUUUUUUUUUUUUGGUUUGUUUUUUUGUUUUUUGUUUUUUAAACAGUUGUGUUUCUGUGAGCGGACUAUCGGGUGGUGAACUUUUUUUUCCGCUUCCGAAGGGGGGCGUGGCAGAAAAAAGUUUGAGAACCACUGGAUUAAAGCAAGAAUUGUCAAGGUCGAAUCAACGGAGGCCAAUAUAGCCUGACCUUUAGACCUCGGUAUAGGUCAAGCACCAGAAAUGCUGGAUCCUACAUUUCCCAUAAUGCAGCUCCAUAGCGUUUUAAUAAUAUAAUGUACCAGGUAACCACCCACAUCUUUCAAACCUCACUCUGCAGGCGUUAUGGUGUACGUGGUCUCAGCAUCCAAGGAGAGAUAACCCUGAUGGCAUCACUAUGACAUCAUCAGGGUAAUUUGUUCAGACUUGACAAAGCUUCUCCAGUGCCACAGAAGACAUUAUAGUGAGUAGGACUCCUCAAGAUUAGAAAACUCACCUUCAUGUGUAAAACUGGUGGAGUGUCCCAUUAAAAAAAAUGUAACCGCAACAUUUAUUUCCUUAAACAGUGUUCCAAUUAUCUAAUGUAAUUGUCUACAAUAAUCCACAAUUUAGUGUAUUGAGUGAACUGACCCUUUAACAUACUGUGGGCUGAAUCUCAACUCAGCAUAUUUGCUUUUCUUUUGUUUUGGUGAGUUUUUAUCAGCUUUUCACACAGAAUGGCACAGAUGUGUGUAUGUAUAUACAGUAUAUACAGCUUGACAUGUAAAUACAAAACAGAAAAAAAAUAAUUUUGCCGUUUGGAGUUUGUGUUUUUAGCUGUGCUGAGAUUCAGCCCAGAGGGCAGACAGACGUUGGGAUUUUGAAGGCUGAGGAUUUUUAAAAGCCUACCUUUGUGAUCAUUAACGAAAAUGCUGUGUGGAUAUUCAAAUUGUUUUUCUUUCUUGUUUUGAACACUUAUCUUGACCACAGUGAGGAGAGUAAAUUAUUAUUGUAUUUUUUUUUUUUUUUUUGACAAAGUCAGUCAUGUGAGUCUUACAACAGAACUUGUUAGUGAUCUCUAGAAAAGGCUUUAGAUCAUCUGACCCUUUAACAUCUAAGCCCGCUCAGCUCUUCCACCCAAUUGACUGUUAUUACUUGUCCGCUGGAAGUGUAAACUGAUGUGUUGUGGCGUCGUCAGUUUGUGUCACACGGCAGACGAGCUGCAGGUCGUUUGUGUCCGACACAGACUGACUGACUGACCGUGUGAUCUCUCCUGUCAGCCAUACCGUAGUGCCCCUCACUCACAACAGCCCCCUUUUCAUUCCUUUUACCCAGCAGGCACUGGGAGCUGAAUAUCUCCUCACUUUUCAGUCCUUUGGUGGAAAUCAGAAGUGAAGGUGUGGGUUUGACACAUUCAAGUUCCAUCUUCCACCGUGACUUCACUUGUGAUUUCCCCUCAGAUUGGCUGAAACAUGGAGGAGAGAAGCAGCAGCAGCAGCAGGAGAAGCAGCAGCAGAAAGGGCUCUUAGCGUGUUCCUAAAAGUCUGUACCUCCACAUGAAACCUGUCAGAGAAGCUUCAUUGAGACGCCCACUCUGCCUAACACCCAUUCAAUCACCUCGCACAUACACGCACACGCACACACACACACACACACACACACACACGCACACUUUUUGUAAAAUAAAUGAAUAAAAUAAUAUAUUCAGAUACUUAUAUAGCAUUUAAGAAAAAUGUAUAGAAUCCUUGAAUAGUGGCUCACUUAAUUAGUCACCAAAAAGUUGUUUUUUUGUUUGGUUUUUUUGGUUUUUUUUAAAUUUCUCUUUCUCAUGUUGUCAAUUGCAGAAAAAUACCUAUAUUUUGGAACCUGUUCAAGAUAACGGGUGUGUUUUUUUUUUUAAAUAGACAAGCAGGGUGUCCUGUUUUAAUGCUGCAGUGGUUUUCCCUUUUAAAUGCGAUCAUUACUUUAAUUGUAUUUAUUCAGGUUUUGUUGUUGAAUUGCUGUUUUAAAAUCCACACAAUUCAAAUUGCCACAGGAUAAUCAGUGUUUAUGAGAUGGGGAGUGAAAGAUAGUUCUGAUCUGUGGCUACAACGACCCUCGUCAUUUCUGUUUUGUAUCAGCCAAUCACAGCGCAAAGUGUGGAUGAAAUGAUUCCCCAAUCCACUUAGAGGCAAUGUCCCCAUGGGGAAAGGGGUGGAGUCAGAGGUGUCCUCGAGCUUCAUGUGAGCUCUGACACUCGCAUUUCAAAAUAAAACAACGAGUGUGUUCGUAGCCAAUGAGACGUCUAUGCACUGAGACAACCAUGGUCCAAAACAAGCAGCCUGAACCCAAAAUAAAAGCCCCCGGACUCACACACACUAACAAAAUUACUCCAUUCAAACUCAUCAAAAGACAAACAAACACUACCUCUACUUUGUACACACACCAGUUCAUGCACAAACACAUCCACACUGAGCUUGUAGUUGCUGAGUGACUAUUUUACAGAUUUAUGUCAUCAAGAAUGGCCUUUGUUGUUGUUAUUGAAAAUCUGUGUUUUGUUUUCUCUCAUUAGUCAGCUGGAGCAUUAAAGGUACAGCACACGACCGCAGACUUUGAUUUUAAAGAUGAUCUUUAUGUUGAGACUGCCAAUCCUUUUACUCCUCAGCAUCCAGCUUGUCCCGUCGGCAGAGGGCCGGCUUGUGCUUCACUUAGCAGCAGGCCAGACAGUUACUGUGGUUCGCCCCACCGGAUGACCAGGUUUUGACUAUCAAUCAGUAUAACUGUGAUUGACAGCAUACUGCCCUCCUGUGGAAGUGGUGAAUGUUUAAUUCAACGGCUCGACCUCUAGUCUUUGAAAUAGAAUAGAAAAAAAAAAAAGGAAUUGUUUGCCCCUCGUAGAUGAGAUGCAGUCAUCUCUGUCGAUCACGUAUGUACAAAACACUUGAACAAGCGAUGCCGUUGCAACAAGAGUGAGGCAUUAACAUAAUUUCAUUUUGAAUUUAUUUGAGAAACUACCACUGCAGCAAAUAAAAAUUUUGGUUUGACCCCAACCAGCCUGCCUCUAAACCAGCUACCUGUUCUUUCUUCAUCUGCAGACUUCGAUAAACUGGAAUACUGAUUUGCAACCUGAAUACUGACUUAACAUCUUAGACUGUUCAUUUAAAAUGGUGAUGGAAACGGGGCCCCCUAAAAUCAAUGCUCCUAUUAACAGAUGAUUUAUUCCAAGGCUUCACACUCCUCCCAAACUUCUGUCCUGAAUGUUGAAAGGAAAUAUUUGCCAACAGCUCAUGAGUCAUGAUCUCUUAAAUACAGAAUCGAAUGUCGACAAAGGACUUAAUUAUAGAAAAAUGGCUAGAUGAGAUGCGUAAUUUCUCUUUUUCAGUCCAGUGUGAGGCCAAGACGCUUUCACCGUCCCUACCGACACAGUCAGGGCCGGCCGCAGAAUUCUCACUGUAAUUUCACCACCAUCACAGGCAUGUGGGGCACCAAGCUUGUCUUGUUCAACAAUCCAUGAAUGUGAAUUGUCUUUAAAAAAAAAAAAAGAAAAAAAAAUAUUUUCUUUUGCACAUGAAAUUUGAGUAGACACUGCCACAGAGUGCAUCAAAAUAAAGCUGAAACGGAGAGUGUGCUGUGCUUUUCAAUAUUGUAACAAGCAUGAUGGCUGUUGGUUGUAUGUGUGUAGGAGGGCAUCAGAACACACGUUGCCAGGAUGAUCACUUGCUGUGUUUUUUUUUUUUGCCCCCCCCCCAACAGACACACACACACACACACACACACACACAACAGGUUGUCUUGGUCUGCAUAUGUUGUAUUUCUCUUCACUCACGCUGACGUGCUCUAGCAGAGGCGUCACUGCAACGGCCCAGUAAUCACUUGACGUGAGUGCGAACAUGUGAAUGCAUCAAGCAUUGGUGUGACUGUGCGCGUGCGUGUGUAUGUGUGUCUCUUUUGGUGGAGACUGGUGCCAAGCAGUUUUAUUACGGGUCUCUCACAAAGGGAUCACUCGUGCUUUUGUUUCAUUUUCCUCCUUUUUUUUCCCCUUCUGUUUGAUAAGCACUUUGAACCUUCUCAUGUCUGUCAGAGGAGUGUGUAGCUGUACAUAGCAAUUUCCUGUAACAACAAGUGCUCCUUGUUCAGUCUGAAUAUUUUGUUUUGUUGGAUUUACUUUAAAGAGCAUUACAUUGUUGUAGAAUUAAAGGAAAAAUAAA